AUGAAUCCAGAUCCUGAAUCUAGAGAUCACGACCAUGACCACGACCAUGACCACGACAAUGACCACGAUAAAAGCAGCAAAUUGACAACCAAAAGUGCAAAGUGUACCACAACAAGGCCGCCUAGAUGCACCAAGACUGUUUCGUUCAUAUCUACCAAGACGGGAUACACAAGCACAAUUCUCGGAACAUGCUCGCCUGUCAGUGGCUGCGUCUCGGGAGAACAAAGCACCACCACCACAACGAUAUCGACUUUUGUACCAACCAUUUGGAUCGAUGAGCCGUAUAAGUCCGAGGUUCCUACAGCCCCUGAGGAGGUGGAUGAUGAAACAAUUCAAUACUUCAAGGAUCUUUUCAAGAAAGAAGGUAUCUCACUUGAGGUUGACCGGCGACUUGUGGCUCAUUGUGGCGGCAACACGCCGGGUAUCCCUCUUUUCUGCUUGAACACCUUCAGCGCCGAUUUCUGUAAAGCCGUGCAGGCGGAUCCAAGCAAAAAAAUAUCCAAAACUUUUGCAGGCCUUGAUGCUACGCCAGGGCCAAUUGGACCGCCCAAUAUGAUAGGAGGUCACCAUAUCGGUAUGCAGAAGAGGACGCCAUUGGUUAGCAGAACUCUCUGCAGCGACUGGAGCUUUGAGUUCCAUUGGAGUGGUGCUCAUUCCAAGUGUCGAAAGUCUUGUCUCGACUAUCUAAGCAUCAUAACAACCCAGUGCCUUCGAUUCAAGACCAAUAACGAGGGUUCUCUUGAUGCUGGUUGUGGUACUUACAGCCUCGCGAUCAAAUCUGUUCCCACCAUUUCUACCACCACCACCACCACCACCACUACAGAGUCGCCUCCUGAGCCCACCGAGAUUCCAAAAACGCCCCUAGAGCUGAAGCCAGCCGUGUGUGCAGACGAGUCUAAUUUCCCAGGACAUUUGGCCGUCCAAAGAGGAGAUGUGGAGAAUCAAGCCAAAGGUUUCUGUGCGACCCUAUUUUUUGAUCUUUUGGUCAAUAUGAACUCUCAGAGUGAGACUCUUUGGGCCGCUAACAAGGGUUUGUACUAUUCUAUUUCCUGGAUCAAAGGUUGCGAGACAACGGCAGAUAGUCAGAAUGUUAUACUUCCCGUGGGCGAUGAUAACUUCAGCUGUUGGAAAAAUCUUUUCAAAACAUACACGGACUGCAACAACGGCGGCGUGGGUGGAUACAUCGAUGCUGGUUGCCUUCGAUACCAGUUCAACCCGGCAAAGUAA